CCAAUAAGAAAUAAAGCGAAAAGCUUAUCAAAUGUUAAAAAAUCGACAUUUGAUAUUUUUACACAUCACUACGUUACAUUUAACUAUCGACCUGUCGGCAACGUCCACAUAGCGAACUGUAAAUAGUUGAAAAAAAGUUGAAUUUUCUUGCGUGUUUUCUCCUGUUGGCAACAUGGUUUCACGUUUCGAUCAGCAAAAGACGAAGCACCAGCUCUUCCAUGUGUCCAUCAGUCUGGCCACCAUACUGAUAUGCAUGACCUACAUGCAAUACCGCCGAAAUUGGGCUCAUCUUGGCAGCUUCUGGGACUCGCUGAUCGUGCCGAUUGUGUUCUUUGGCGAGCUCCUCAAAGUGAUACUGGCCCGCUUCUUUGGACGCAUCGAGGACGGCGUGCUGACAGUUAAGCAACGACAGAAAAAGGCCGCCUAUUUCACUCCACGUGAACUAUUAGGCGGAUUAACAUUGCAAUUUUUGUGUACGCUGCUCUAUGCAUUUAUCUGCAUCAUCUUGGGCGCACCAGUGUUGGCUAAUUACGAACAGACAUUUGUGUUGUCGCUGCUGAUGACACUGCUGACAGUGUCGCCCACUGUUUUCCUACUGGGCGGCGGUGGAGCACUCCAAGUUUGUUUCUGCGAGAAGCCCGAUUUUAUAACCAAGUGCGAGGAUACGGCUCUGCAUCUGUUCAAGUACAAUGCUCUUGGCGGCAUUCUUGGCGCCUGGGCUGGCAGCGUUGUGGCUCCGUUGGACUGGGGACGUGACUGGCAGGUGUAUCCCAUACCAAAUGUGAUUGGAGCUCUGCUUGGCAGUGCCCUGGGUAACAUUUAUGCCUGCACGCAUGUCCUGUAUAUGUGCGGACGUGUUUACAUGAGCAAGAAGCGCUCUUAAGAGGACACUGCGAUGGAAUGUAUUCAAUAUGUACUUAUCCUGCCACCAAGAUAUUUACGUUGCGCUGCCACCACACACCACAUCCAAAAAAUGAAUAAAUGAAUUCCACAUCAUUGUCGUCUAGUCAGCAGCUUAAGAUAAAUAUAAAUUCCUUAUACCUAAUACAUUCAUAUAUACUAUAUACCAAAAAAGCAAUUAACAAUACUUUAAUGUUACCAGUUUAAGCAAUUUAUUAGCCAUGUACAAUUAACACAUUUCUAAAUCAAUCAAAUAAUAAUAAACUAACAAUUUAA